UUGUCAUUUCUACGGCAGGUCACAGUGAUAUAAAAGCUGUAUGUGUCGCUGCGUCUGAUUGGCUGACAGGGGAAUGUGUCCUGCGUGGCUUUUGGUGGCGGUGGCGGUGGUGGGCGUGGCCGGAGGAGCUGUCAGUCAGUGCUGGGAACAUCCGAGCUGUCAGGAGGUCAACUCUGAGAGCAGCAUGAUGGAGUGUAUCCAGCUCUGUCGCGCCGACCUCACCGCAGAGACGCCCGUCAUACCAGGCGACGCCCACCUCCAACCUCCUCCUCCGUCAGAUCUCGACUCCCUGCCUCCUCUUCCUCUUCUAUCCUCCUCCUCCUCCUCUCCUCAGGCCAAGCGCUCCUACUCCAUGGAGCAUUUCCGCUGGGGGAAACCUGUCGGGCGAAAGCGCCGCCCCGUCAAAGUCUACACCUCCAACGGCGUGGAGGAGGAGUCGGCCGAGCUUUUCCCCGGAGAGAUGAGGAGGCGGGAGCUCGCGAGCAAGAUGAUGGCAGCAGAGGAGGAGGAGAAGGCGCAGGAGGUGGCGGAGGAGGAGCAGCUCCCCAAUGACGUCCACGAGAAGAAAGACGGCACGUACAAGAUGAAGCAUUUCCGCUGGGGCGGCCCGCCGGCCAGCAAACGCUACGGCGGCUUCAUGAAGAGCUGGGACGAGCGCAGCCAGAGGCCGCUGCUCACGCUCUUCAAAAACGUCAUCAACAAAGACGGACAGCAGGAGGGGGAGCAGUGAGGGAGGAGGAGCGAGGGGGAGGAGGAGCAGACGGAUCGGCCAGCGAGUCCUCCAAAAUAAACAUAAAAAAUGUUUGUCACUGAUUUUAAAAACGACCCUUUCGAGUGUUUUCCUGACUCCGGUAUCAGAAGGUAACUCCGCCUCCUAAAAAUUACUUUUAUAUGAAUCCUGCUAAUCUGUUUUUCCAUCCAUCACCAACGCUUAUUCUCAUAGUCGAUUUAUCUUCCUCGUAUCGUCUCGAUUGUUUAGUCCGUUAAAUGUCAGACAAUGGCGAAACGCGUCCAACGCGUGUUUCCAAGAGUCCAAGUUAACGUUGUCAACUGUCUUAUUUUGUUCAACCGAUUUUUUGGGGUAUUUUUGCUCAAAUUAAAGACAAAAAAUGAACCUAUUACCAAAAUAACAGCUGAUUCGACCGUCAGGGCUGAUAUUUGGGGAUCAGAGUACAGGACGCUGACAGCAGAGGGCUGAGGGGAGGAUCGUAGUUUAGUUUGAAUUUUAAUAAACGUGUCCUCACUGUUGACUCUUUCAGUAUUAAACCAAAACAGUGACUCUUCCAAAAAAUUUAAGGCCUGAAACUAAUUUUGUCAACCAGCUUCUUCCUGUGACGGAGUCUUUUUUUUGAGCGUCACUGGAUUUUAAAUGGGCGGGAAAUGAAAAACACGCCCGCACAGCGUCAGCGCUGAGAUUAGCUUUUAGGUGUUAAACUUUAAAUAAACGACACGUAAACUUUGAUUAUUGCUUCGUAGAAAAGAAAUGACGAGGAAAUACUUCAGAUCUGUGCUUUAGCUGACGCAUACGUGCGUGAACAGA